ACUGCUGAAAGAGUUAACAUUGUCUUGCGUAUAAGGAUUUGAGUAUCUUUGAUUUUGUUUAAUGUUGAGCGUGUUAAACGAUGGCGUUUGUUUUGAAGUGGGAUGCAGUUGUCGAUACACUGGUGAAGAGGAACAGUAGUUUGCUGAAUUUUGGCUUUGCAAGAUUCGCUUCAAAGAAAACCGGAAGCAGCACGAAGAACAAAAAGGGGCAUCCUCGUCCUAAACACAGGGGUUGGAGGGUCCAGGAUGGAUGUUUUGUUCAGAAAGGUACUAUUCUGGCAACUCAAUUGACAACACGAUUUCACCCUGGUCUUCAUGUUGGCUUUGGAAGAAAUGGUACCCUUUAUGCCUUGGAACCUGGCAAAGUAGUUAUCACAUGUGAAAAAACACAACCAAAUUGGGAACAUUCAUGGAUUCAGAGAAAUUAUGUUGGGAGACAGGGUCAGAUCAUACACAAAAAGUUUUUUAAUGUGUUACCAGUUCCUCAAGAAGGGCGUUUUAGGCUUAUCGAUACCAUAUAGGAUAUGGUGUUCAAAUAUAGUUGUAUGACUGUAAAUUAUUGUGACAGGCAGAUUAUUAGACUUGUAUGUGUUAUUAUAAAUUAGAUUUGUAUCUGUUGUACAAAUGUUAUUGUAAAUGUUUUCUUCUAUAACUUGGAUUCUAAAAAUAGUGUUGCUCUGAGGUGUAUUACUUUUCUUGCAACUACAGCAAAAACAAAUGCAGCAGGUUGACAUUUGACCGAAUUUCAAGGGAUUGAAAAAUAGUCGGUUCAGUGUAAUAAAGUCUGAAUUAAAGAGUUUUUUUUUGUAAAAAUAGAUGACUGUUCAGUUCACUUUUUCACUUGUUAAGGUUACCAACAAAUGAAGAGUACUCUGUUUUCACGACGUCUGAGAAAAAAUAAAAAUUACACUAUGUAUAUAUAACUGUUUUUUUGGCAUAUGUGUAAAUGAGAAGGUACAUGUACAUUGUCAAAUAUUUGUCAUCUGCCCCCCCCCCCUCCCCAACAAUACAGUUCCAUACGCAUUGUGGAACAAUAUUGUACCCAUUGAAUUAAUAUAAUAUGUUGUGUUAUACAACUGAUAAGGUAAAGAAACUUUUGAAUUGAAUUGAAUUUUAUUUGAUCCUGUAAGAUUACAUUGUGUACAGUAAAAGUACGUGUAAUAUAGGACAUGUCAAAGUGGUAA